ACUACUUCCUGCGCCUGUGCCGCCCUGCCGCUCAUCAUUCCUGGAGUGGCACCCUUUUGAAAUCGGAUGCUGGGACCCACUACGUGUCCGGGAAGGAGAAGAGAGGGUCAGGAGAGGAGGGAGGAGCGACGCUGACUGCUCUUUACUGGACAUUUGUGAUGGGCCAGACACUGUUCUCUGUGUAAUGCGCCCCCAGCUUCUCCCCAAGCCUCAUAAGGUUAGGGAUGCACCAACAGGGCUGUCUCUAAAGAUGGUGAUGAGCAUGGCGAGACUGUGUCAAAGGCUGGUCCAGAGAGUAUGCACCCAAGAAACGCUGCUGAAGACACAAGCAAGGAAUGUGACUUCUUCCUGAGACCUGCUCAUCAUCCCAUAGACCACGACUACCUCGAGGGACCUUCCUCUUAGGAUUUUGAUGUCAUCUGCCUAAAACUUUUGCAGAGCCCAGGCAAAGACUUUUUCCACUAAAUAAGAUAAUAUUUCAUUUUGGCAUCCUAUAAUCAUCCUGGUUGCAGUCUUUGCUGUUUUCCCCUGGGGAUCCCAAGCUACAUUUGUUACCAUUGUUAUUUUUGUGUACUCCUCACUCCAAAAUGAUUGACUUAAGCUUCUUGACAGAGGAGGAACAAGAUGCCAUUUUAAAGGUUCUGCAGCGGGAUGCUGCCCUGAAGAGGGCUGAAGAGGAGAGGGUCAGACACUUGCCUGAAAAAAUUAAGGAUGACAAACAACUAAAGAAUAUGAGUGGCCAGUGGUUUUAUGAAGCCAAGGCGAAAAGACACCGGGACCAGAUCCAUGGCGCUGACAUCAUCAGAGCCUCCAUGCGAAGGAAGAGGCUCCCCGUGGCAGCUGAGCAGAAUAAGGACACAGCAAUGAGGGCAAAGGAGAGCUGGGUAAAUAAUGUCAACAAAGAUGCUUUCCUUCCCCCAGAUCUAGCUGUUUUGGAAGACCCAGAAGACGACACAGCUCCAGCAGGACUAAGUUCCAGUGUGGCAGAUCCAGCUUCCAGCAUGAUUGAUAUGUCCCAGGAAAAUACAAGGAAUCCAGCUGUCUCUCUGCCCAAGCAGAGGAAGAAUCCAUUUAACAGCUCCACACUGCCAGAAGAUCACUCAUCGCAACAGACCAAAAACGAGCAGUCAAAAACUGGAAAAGCUGGUUUAUUUCAGAUUUCAAAAGAGGGUGGACUGUCAGAAUCAAAAGAAAAGCCAUCUACCCCGUAUAUCUCAAGUCAAAAGGUAGAGAAACUAAAGCAACCUGCAUCCCUAGAGCCUGAAAAUGGGUCUCAAGUCAAAGCUCCAAUCCCUAAGGCCAGAAGACUGAUCUGCAAAUCAAAUGACUUAAAGAAAGAAGAUAACCAGUCUUUCCCUAGACAGAGCAGGGACUCCCUGAAUGCCAAAGCAGCUCCAAGAGGGAUCCUGAAGCGCAACUCCAGUUCCAGCAGUACCGACUUGGAAACUCUCCGUCUAAAUCACAGCUUUGAUCCGAAAAACAAAAUCAUAUCACCUGGCCUAACCAUCCAUGAAAGAAUUUCUGAGAAGGACCAUUCUUUAGAAGAUGACUCUUCCCCAAGCUCGCUGGAGCCAUUGAAGCAUGUGAGAUUCUCUGCUGUGAAGGACGAACUCCCACAGAGCCCUAGACCUGCCCUUGGCCAGGAAGUCGGAGAAUUUACUGUUUUAGAAUCUGGCAGGCUGCAGAAUGGAACAGAAGAUGUGGGGGAUACAGAUGAGUGUCAGGAUCACCCAAAGCCCCCCCACAGAAUACCUAUAUCUCUUUGUCAGUCAGUGUCAAGCCCAAGUGUUCCAGAAAGGGAAAUAUGCCAGCCGGUGCCUCCUGGGUCUGUUCCGAGUGAUGGGAUCCCUUGCCAGUCAGACACUGGACCCACAAGACCACAGUCUGUUGAGAGUUCAUCCAUCAUCAAUGAAUACCAAGAUAAAUCAUCACGUUUAACAAAGCCUGAAUCAGAAUUGUCCAAGAGCCCUGCGGAUGAACUGACUCCGUGUGUUGAGCCUGAGCUGUCUCAGAUGUCAGAUCACAGUUUUAGAGACCAUCAGCAAGGUAAGCCCUUUCUCGUGGCUCUCGGUGCUCAGACAUCCUCACACAUGGGCCCAUGUGCUGCUGAGAUAAGAAAGACAACUGACGAUUCCAUAUCUAAAGUCCUAGACUGGUUUAACCGAAGUUCUCAGACAGAGGACAAUGUAUCAGCUCUCCAACACCUCCAAGAAAUAGAUCUCGGGCAGCAAACAGACUCAAAAUCACAGAUGACUGUUGCCUUGAUGACAGACAACGCCUGCCUAAAAGAAAACGACUCAGAUGUCCCACUGUCCACUAAAAUUAAGUGGAGGCCUGUGAGGGCUGAUUCUACAGUCCAAGAAGAGGGAGAUAUGCUGGUUUCUGAAACUUGCCACGACAGUGAUACACUUCUCAAAUCUAACUUAGGGGAAGAGGAACCCAAAGUUCAUGUGCUUCAGAAAAGUCAGGGGAACACACAUCUGAAUGUCGACUCCUCAGCGACUGCUCUAGGAUCUGAUUUGAAAGACGAUAUGGAGAGUAAGAGCAAAACCAGAAAUACUUCCCUUGCAAAACCUCACCUAGCAACAGAGAAUAGUCAGUUCCCACUUGGGGCUGCGGACAGUGGAUCAUUUUGGAAGAAGCCCAAGGGCCCAGAAGAAGCCACUGAGGAUCCCCAACACCAAGUGCUGAGGGAGAAAUACAAGCCAGUGAGUGACAGAAUAUCCUUUUGGGAAGGAGGAGAAGCUGGCACUAAGUUAAAGGUGCGUGAACUCACAUCUUCUCGUAGCCAGGAGCCAUCUUCUGCUACAGCACAGCAGCCCAUGGAGUCUCAGGUCAUGUCUCCAGGUGGUUUGUCUUCAGGCCAGAGUGACUACAGUCGAGUCACUGCUAAACUAGUGGUCCUUGAUGAGGAUGACCAAAUGCCCCAUCUCUUCAGUCUCUAUUCCUCAAAUAAACCCGCAACAACCAAACAUUCAGCAUCAGGUCCAUCCAAAAACCAUCCUUCAGCUAACCAAUCGGAUAAAGUGUCUCUGCUCCUUCAAACUACUGGGAAUGAAGCACCCCCUCCUUUGGAGAAAGAUAGAUCUGUAAUUGAUAAAUCAAAUGUCAACUUUAAAGUUCUGUCCCUAAGAGAAAGGAUGGAUGGACCCAGUACAGAGCAAGUCUAUAAUCACUCUCAGUUUGAGAAUUUGAGAAAGUUUUGGGGCCUGGGAGCUAAUGUAAACAGAAAAGAUAAUGAUGACAAUAUCACUGCAGCAAACAAACAAAACUCUGUGCUAUAUAAUAGCCAGAAACCCAAGGAGUUUAACAGCAUGAAAUCAUCAAGAGAAAGUACCCACAAAGUAGAGGAAGGAAGACAUUUAAGACAGGGAAAUGUUACGGCAGUGGAAGAGAUGGAGAAAUUAAACUCAAAGUGCGCACCCCAAGUGCCGCCAGAUGAAACCACAUCUCCACGAAAACCACCCAGGAAGUUCACUUAUCAGCUGGGAGGAAAUGAGCCUUCAAAGGAAAAUGUAGGAAAAAAUACGGAAUGUUUUGUUACUCCAGUGAUUAAAAAGCCUUGUUCAGAUCAAGAGAUUCAAGAAUCCAUAGUGAAAACAAGCAUUUUGCCCGUAGUCUCCAAAGACACCUUCAAUGACAGGUUACAGAGGUUGCUGGCAGAAGCUGUGUCACCAGCAAGCCAGACUUCUGGCAAGAAAGCUCAUGGACAGCAAGCACUCAGGGGAGGUGUUUCUGAAAACAGGACGUGGUCUCAAAAGAAAAGCUUUGCUGAGGAAGAGGAAGGUGUUACAGGGCCCAAGAAGAGCCCCAGUGAACCCCGAAGAAGAGUUCAACAGGACUCUAGUGUGGACAGAUUCCUGCAGGAAGCGGCUAGAACUCCAUUGCAGUCCACUCUGGAACCUGUUAAUACUAGACCCACCUCCCCGUUUAAAGAUGACAGAUUGUUUGAAAAGUGGGUAAAAGAGAAUCACCAUCCUUCAGCAGACCAGAGAGUGACAACAGCUUCUUUUCCCCAGGGUGCUGAAACUUGUACAGCCCUCACCCACAAGGAUGAACACGGGAACACAGAAGGUACGCCUCAGUCGGCUGCAGAAGGGUCUCCUUCCCUGGCUCAGCCUUGCCAUUCUUUGGAGGGAGUUUCCAGUUCUCCAGUAGAUGUGUCUUUAUCUUGGGAUGCUCCUCUUGGAUCCCAGGAUGCCUCAUUGCCUUCUCAGCGUGAAAUUUCAGAGGCUGUAGAGAAAGUUGUUCUUGCCUCCAAACCGGCAAUGAUGGAUGUAAAUGCUGUGUUACAGAGGCUACUUAGAGAAGCCGGAGACACGAAAGCCCAACUUCCUGAAAGAGUGCAAACACCAUAUGGACCUUCGUGUCCUCAGGGAAUGAGCCGCAUGUGGGCUGCUGCAGAUGCUGUUGUUCCUAAUACGGACUUCCAUUCCUUUUGCACAGUUCCUGAUACAACUCAUGAAGACAGAUCUUGCGUGUCCUCUGGAAUGUCACCAUCAGCACACGUCAUUAGUUCACCUGCUUCUACUGUCACUCCUUGUGCCCAAGAGCUACUUCAGGAAGUGGCAGAGAGUGUGAGGGAAACGGUUAUUCAGCCCAAGUUAGAGUGCCCUGAAUUUAGGGCUGGCUUAGAAAAACUAUUGAAGGAAACACUAGAAACUUCCCUGUCAAAAGAUGAAAAGGAUACAGUGAGUAUUUCUCCAUCAGCUAUAACAGGUAGUGGUGAGAUGUCCCAGCAACUUGCUUCUGAAUUCCAUCCCACAGAAAUACAAGAAACCGUAGAGCGGGCCAAGGCUCCAUUAGCAACGGAGAGUACUUUUGAUGUUGGCUUUGAGAGACUUCUUAAAGAGAUAUCUGAAGGGCUUUGUCAGCUGCCGCUCUCAGUGGAAGGAGACACUUUGGAGAAAUGGCCUUCACAGUCAGAGCAAGCCGAGCGCCUGGGAGAAAUACCCCAUCUUUCUUGCGAUGCCUCAGGAGCCUCUAGAAUGAAGGUUAAGUGUGCUGGCUUGAAAUCUCAAGUCAACGAGUGUGAUCAACUAUUAGGAGGUCAUGAAGCUGUGGCUGGUCCAUCAGUAGAUGCUCAGGGUCACACAAGUGGCUUUGGGGUCCCUGAACAUUCCCAACUUUAUGAAGACCGGGAAAUAGAGACCAUUGAAACUGCAUUUGUAGAGGGCAGGGAUGGAGAAGGAGUUAUUGUAGAGGGAACACGGGCCCCCCAGGAACCGGGUUUUGAAGAAGCUUCAAAAGAAAUGAGUGUGUCCAGAAAUAAACAAUCCACUGUGCUCCUGGGAACAAAAGGAAACCAUACAAAAAUGAGUAAAGUUAAACUGAUGCUAUCAUUACCGCAUAAGAGACAAGAGGAAGAGCAAGGACUAGAGGCAUGCCCUGAAUCUGAGUUUUCAGAUGGGAACACCAGUUCUAACGGGGAGAGCUGGAGAAAUACCUCCAGUUCAGAAGAAGAACACAGUCCAGUUCUGAAAACUCUGGAAAGGAGUGCUGCUAGGAAAAUGCCUUGCAAAAGUCUACAAGACAUUUCAUCAGACCCGUCAAAUCAAGCAAAAGUAGAUAAUCUGCCUGAAGACUUAGUACGUAGUGCUGAAGAUGAUCAGAAAGCGGACCAGGAGCCAGAUACAAAUGAGUGUGUACCAGGAAUUUCCACAGUGCCUUCACUGCCUGAUAAUCAGUUUUCCCACCCUGAAAAACUCAAAAGGAUGAGCAAGUCCGUUCCAGCAUUUCUUCAAGAUGAGAGUGAUGACAGAGAAACAGAUACAGCAUCAGAGAGCAGCUACCAGCUCAGGCGAUACAAGAAGAGCCCCAGCUCGUUAACCAAUCUUAGCAGCUCCUCUGGCAUGACGUCCUUGUCCUCUGUGAGUGGCAGUGUGAUGAGCGUUUACAGUGGAGACUUUGGCAACCUAGAGGUAAAAGGAAGCGUUCAGUUUGCACUCGACUACAUGGAGUCCCUGCAGGAGCUGCACGUUUUCGUGGCCCAGUGUAAGGACUUAGCAGCCGCGGAUGUGAAAAAGCAGCGCUCAGACCCAUAUGUAAAGACCUAUCUGUUACCAGACAAAGGCAAAAUGGGCAAGAAGAAAACACUCGUGGUGAAGAAGACCCUGAAUCCUGUGUACAACGAGAUAUUGCGGUAUAAAAUCGAAAGGCAGCUCUUAAGGACACAGAAGUUGAACCUGUCCGUUUGGCACCGAGAUACGUUCAAGCGCAACAGCUUUCUGGGAGAGGUGGAACUUGACUUGGAAUCAUGGGAUUGGGAGAGCAAACAGAACAAAGAGCUGAAAUGGUACCCGCUGAAGAGGAAGACAGCACCAGUUGCGCUUGAGACAGAAAACAGAGGUGAAAUGAAGCUAGCCCUCCAGUACGUGCCAGAGCCAAGCCCUGGCAAAAAGCUUCCUACAACCGGAGAAGUCCACAUCUGGGUGAAGGAAUGCCUUGACCUCCCACUGCUGAGGGGGAGCCACCUAAAUUCUUUCGUUAAAUGUACCAUCCUUCCAGAUACCAGUAGGAAAAGUCGCCAGAAGACUAGAGCUGUAGGGAAAACCACCAACCCCGUCUUCAACCAUACCAUGGUGUACGACGGGUUCAGGCCUGAAGAUCUGACAGAAGCCUGUGUAGAACUCACAGUCUGGGACCAUUACAAACUAACCAACCAGUUUCUGGGAGGGCUCCGGAUCGGCUUUGGAACAGGCAAGAGCUAUGGGACGGAAGUAGAGUGGAUGGAUUCUACCUCUGAGGAAGUUGCUCUCUGGGAGAAGAUGGUCAAUUCUCCCAACACUUGGGUUGAAGCAACACUGCCCCUCAGGAUGCUUCUGAUCGCCAAGAUUUCCAAGUGAGCCUCGUCGGCCCGUUCCACCACCGGUCACUCCCGAGGUGGAUCUGAGCUUGAGAGUCCUGACUGCGUGGACAAAUGUCCUCCCCCACUGUCACUAGUGACUACUCAGCAAGCAUGCCCAAGUUAAUCUGCAUGCAUUUCUUCGACUGCACGGCUCAAGAUAGUUAAACAGGGACAGGAGGUAUGUGCGAUGUAAGGCCCAGUAAGAUGUGCGAUGCCACCGUUCAAGAAGAUUGUUGAACAAGCUAGGAAAACGGAGCCGUCGCUUCCACACCAAAGAAACAUGUUUCACCCCACAGACUUGUGUUGCUGUUCAGGCCUGCCAUUCAGUUGUUAAAAUGCUCGCUGGGCCUCUAAAUAGGAAGGUUGCCGGCCAAGUGACAACGGGAUGGGUUGGAGAGAGAACAGCAGCAGUGAUGACGGAGAACUACAUAAUAGGACAACUAUUUACUUGGUAACCUUUAAUAAAACAUCGAAUUCCAUCCUAGGGCAGUAAGACUGACUUCACUGCCCAUAAAUCUGCCUUGGGAACACCCCGCCCCCUCGCCAGCACACCAUCUCAGUCUCAAAUGGACUUUGGUGCCACCUACUGGCUGCAUGUGGAAUUCAGCUCUUGGCUUAUUUUUGCUUAAUUUGUGCUAAAACGGAUGAUGGCAAGUCUGUAUUUUAUAAGAGUUUGCUAAAACAUUGCACAUAAUUGAUGUUUUUCUUAUAAUUUUAGUGUGUGGAAACAGCAUAAAAUUAGUCACCGAUAUGCUUUGCUGCAAAGAUUUAAUUAGCAUAUAAAUUGUUCAAUUUAAUUGUAUGUAUGAUUUUCAUAAGGUAUUUUGUAAAAACACUUCAAGAUUUAAUUAGCAUAUAAAUUGUUCAAUUUAAUUGUAUGUAUGAUUUUCAUAAGGUAUUUUGUAAAAACACUUAUAAUAAAUUAUCAUGAUUUAAAUUGUA